GGCUACUACUGGGUGGGGAAAUAGUAGAUACGCAAGAAGAGGGAGAGAUUCGGCUAGGGGCAGUGGCGCUUACUCUCUAAGAAAGCCAGAGAGAGAAAGGCACCACCAAGGAGAGGAGAUGGAUCACAGCCGCUCCUUUUCUUCCUAUCUCCAAAGAAGGGUCCAAGAAGUAGCAGCUCAAGAGAAUCGGGUGAAGGAGUCUGCGUCCCCGGGCUCGGGCUCGGGAUCGGCAGGGGGCGCUGCCGAGAAGAUGGGGAGAGGGAGGAUCGAGAUCAAGCGCAUCGAGAACACGACCAACCGGCAGGUCACCUUCUGCAAGCGCCGCAACGGCCUCCUGAAGAAGGCGUACGAGCUCUCGGUGCUCUGCGACGCCGAGGUGGCGCUCAUCGUCUUCUCCGGCCGCGGGCGCCUCUACGAGUACUCCAACAACAGCGUGAAAGCAACCAUUGAGAGAUACAAGAAGGCAACAAGUGACAUCUCCAGCGCUGGUACAGUCGCAGAGAUCAAUGCCCAGCACUACCAGCAGGAAUCUGCGAAGCUGAAGCAGCAGAUAACCACCUUGCAGAACUCCAACAGGACUCUAAUAGGCGAUACAAUGGCCACCAUGAGCCACAGAGACCUGAAACAGCUGGAGGGAAGGCUGGACAAAGGCCUUGGAAAGAUUAGAGCAAGAAAGAACGAAUUACUAUGCGCUGAAAUUGAGUACAUGCAGAGAAGGGAAAUGGAGCUGCAGAAUAACAACUUCUUCUUGAAGGAAAAAGUAGCUGAGACUGAAAGGGGGCAACAGCAGACGUUGAACAUGAUGGGGGCGGCUUCGACAUCGAAUGAGUACGAGCAAAAUAUGAUCCAUUGUGAUCCGAGAACCUUCCUGCAGUUCAACUUCAUGCAGCAGCAGCCUCAGUACUACUCCCAGCAGGAGGACCGAAAAAGUUUCAACUCAGUUGGAAGGUGAUGGAUGCAUCCAUGCACAGCUGUGUCGUCUCUCAUUUACCUUCAAGUGAGAUUGAAGCUAUAUAUAUCCGUGAUAUAUAACUAGAACUUCCAUGAAUGUGUGUAUUUCUAUACACGCACAAUCAACUUUAUCCCAUAUAAUUAAGGCUUGGCCACACCAGUGCAAUGUAUCCAUAUGUAUUGUGAUGAUACUACUUAAUUAUCUCAGUGCAACCCAGGUACUUCUUCGCAUAUAUCUAUGUACCUUUUCUAUAUGCAAUAGUAUUGGUGGCGAUUUCAUAUA